AUGGGAUUAACAUUGUCCACCAAUAGCCGGGGAUUGAACAACAUCAAUGGCUAUAUAACUCAAAAAGUGGCCCAUGAAAAAUUAAACAUUUUAUCCGGCCUCUUUGCAAAUAUAAAUCUUGAUGGAGCUCCGUUAAUACGGGGUGUUUUUGGUGAAAUUGAAAAUUCCUGUCUCUCCCUUGGUCUAACAUAUGCCCAUGUGGCAUCGAAUGGUAUAAAUCUGCAAAAAACUCUACGCUUGAAUCUCUUCAAGGAUGACAAAGAAGCAAUGGAUUUGAAUUUCUUUCACAAUGAAACAAGUUUGGGCGGAACGCUUAAAUUUGCCCGCUAUGGUGGCAAUCUAAGUUGGAGGUGCUUCAAAGGACACUCCAUUUCAUUUGGUAUAUCACACACGGGACUUUUCAAUACCACAGCCAUGGAGGCAGCAUUCAAAAUAAAUUUAUGGAAAUCGGAAAAUGGUUCGACAAGUUUGGAUGUCGGCACAAAUAUGGCUCAUUUUAUUCAAGGUCCAUUGGAGGGUUAUCAGGAUGUAAUGGUUACUUUGGCAUUUUCAUUUAGUCUAUGA